CAAUGGCUACAUACAGAUAUAGCAUACCUGAGAAUUCUCCUGUUAAUUACAGCAUUGGCAGUGUCAAUGCUCCUGAUAGUGACUUAGGUGUAGAGAAAGUUUACUUCAUUGACUAUAGUGCCACCUCUUCUGAAGCUGCUUCCUACUUUGCUCUUAAUAAUCAAACUGGUCUCAUUACUUCUAGAGUCACUUUUGAUCGUGAGAAUCAUACACAGGAGUACAUACUGAAAGUCACAGUCUGUCAAGCCGAUCGUCCUAACAAUUGCUUUGAUAACACUACUGUUGUUAUCAGUAUCACAGAUGUGAAUGAGUACCCAGUCAUCAUUGAACAGUUUAACGAUAUCAGUAUAACAGAGAACAUUAAUCCUGGUACACUAGUUGGUAGAGUCAUUGCUAGUGAUCAAGAUGCUGAUAGUAACUUGGAGUACACUUUGUCUUCACCUGAUCUUGUCCUCUCUAUCAAUGCUAGUGGUUUUAUAUUCACUGAUAAGGACAUUGACCGUGAAGCAAUAUCAAAUAGCAUAGCAUGCCCAUAUGGAUACUCAUUCGAUAUUACUUGUUUUAGGAUCAGUAUUGUUGUACAGGACUCUAGAUCUGGAGGAAUAGACCUUGACACUGCCAUUCUUUCUGUUACUGAUCUUGAUGACUCUGAUCCUGUCUUUGUUCAACAGUCGUACUAUCUAACACUGAGGGAGGAUACUCCACUCUCAACUGAUAUCACAUCAGUUGGUAUUGAGGCUACUGACCCUGAUCUUGGUAUUGUACUUGAUUAUUCCAUCAGUCCACAGACUCCAUUCACUAUCCUUGAAAAUAAUGCCAUUCUCCAAUUAAAUACACCAUUGGACUAUGAGACUGUUAAGAAUUACACUUUCACACUUUAUGCUACCGAUACUGCUGGUAAUAAUGGCACUGCUACCCUUUUUGUCACAGUGACAGAUUUUAAUGACAACCCACCUUUGUUUAAUAAGAGUGGCUAUGCAGCUAAUGUUCUAGAAUCAUCUUCGAUUGACAUAGUUGUCAUUGCUUCAAUCUUUGCCUCUGAUAUAGAUAGUCCUGGUAAUAAUUCUAACAUAGCCUACAGUAUCACUGGUGGUAACAUUGGCGAUUCCUUUGCCAUUGAUCCAGACACUGCCAUAAUUACUGUGGCUAGUGGUAGUAUUGAUCGCGAGACUACUCCAACUUUCAAUCUUACCAUAACAGCAAGUGAUUAUGGUAGUCCUUCACUCAAUAGCUCUGUACCACUCAUUAUAACUGUUACUGAUAUUAGUGAUCAUCCUCCCGAAUUCACUUCUCAAGUAUUCAACGGUACUGUCACUGAGACUGCUGCUAUUGGUGAUCUAGUGUACUUGGCUGGUACUACUCAACCAUUGCAGAUAACAGCCACUGAUCCCGAUGAAGGAGCAAUUAUAACAAUCACCGCUCAUACGUUAGGUGCUCCUUUCUCUCUUAAUGGUACCAAUUUUGUGACAGUCUCUGGUGAACUUGACUUUGAAACUCGCUCCAGUUACUCGUUUAUAGUCAUUGCUAAUGAUGAAGUGGGCUACUUCUCAAUGCCAGCUACUGUCAACAUAAGAUUGACUAAUGCUGAUGAUCACAUACCUCAGUUCUCACAGGAUGUUUACUCAGUAUCUGUCUCUGAGAAUGAGCGUCCUGGUUAUACUGUACUCACUCUUGUUGCUGUUGAUUCCGAUGUUACUCACGUCAUCAUGUAUCGGUUCCAAUCAACUCAAAACGAUCAAUUCCCAUUUGUACUCAAUGAAACAACUGGUGUCCUCAGCCUCAAUAAAUCACUUGAUUUUGAUUUAGGUACCAGGUCAUACCAAUUCAAUGUCACUGCUUCUUCUAAUUCCUUUCUGACAUUUGAUACUGCAGUGGUUAAUAUCACAAUCACUGAUUUCAACGACCUUCCUCCUGAAUUCAAUGCUAGCCAGUAUGAAGGCUCUGUGAUUGAGAACUUGUCAGGGGCAAGUGUCCUUACAGUAUAUGCUAGUGAUAAUGACACUAACUCUGUCAUUAAUUACAAGCUCUUAGAUACAGACUCCUUUACCAUUGGUCUUACUACUGGGCUUAUCACUACUUCAGUCUCUCUUGACUAUGAGACUAACAACUACUUUGAGUUUACAGCUGUUGCUUAUAAUCCUGGUAAUCCCUCACUGAAUGAUACUGCUAGUGUUAUAGUGAGUGUAGUGGAUGCCAAUGAUCACUCACCUGUCUUCACCAGGACAGAGUAUCGUGAGUCUAUUCCAGAGACUGCUGGAGUUGGCUAUACUGCACUACGAGUGAAUGCUACUGAUGAUGAUACGUUACCAGCAUAUCGUACCAUCACUUACUCCAUAACUUUCUCUCAACCUCAGGGAUACUUUAAUAUCACACCAUCUACUGGAGAAAUAAAAAUAGCAAAGUCACUUCCACAUUUCAGUGUAGUCCCCUCCUAUACUUUAAUAGUACAAGCUGCUGAUGGUGGCACGCCUCCACGUGAUGAUACAGCUGUUGUUGUCUUUACAGUGUCUGAUGUGAACAUGGCCCCAGUGUUCUCACAAGCAACCUACACAUUGUCUAUAGAUGAAGAUCAUGAGCUUAAUGAGGAUAUAUUGCAAGUUGAAGCUACCGAGACUACAGACACAGGAUCUAAUGCAGUCAUUAUUUAUUCAUUACUGACCCCAUCAGGCUAUGCAGCAAAACCUCAGGCCUGUCCUGUUAGUAUUGUAGAGUCUGAAGGAAUUGGAGAGGAUAGUAGCAGUGGGUUUGGGAAUGAGACUCUGAGUGGUAGUGGAGGAGAUGAUAAUGAAGAACCAACUACAGGGCCAACCGAACCACCUUGCAACCUUCCUCCUGUUUUCCCGUUCACUAUUAACAAUCGAACUGGAGACAUCAGUCUACAAGCAUCUCUUGACUAUGAGUCAAUGGAAGAGUGGUCUAUCACUGUAGUGGCCACUGAUGAAGGUGGACUAAAUGAUACAGCUAAUAUAAUUGUCACUGUUGACGAUGUAAAUGACAAUCCACCUGUAUUUACCAACACACCUUACACUGUAAGGCCUUCAGAGGGACUGGCAGUGGGCGACAUUGUGACUGAUGUUGUAAAGGCCUCAGAUCCUGAUUCAGUCAGCCAAAAUAAGCUAAGAUAUUACAUAAUUAGCGGAAGCGAGGGUACAUUCACUAUUAAUCAGACCAAUGGUGAUAUCAUCUUGCUUGAAAUGAUGGAAGUCAAGACUUACACUCUAACGAUCCAAGUAACAGAUGGAGCAUAUUAUGUGAAUGUACAAUGUAGACUAAUUGUUGCUGAUGUUAAUAACAAUCCUCCAGUUUUCUCAAGUUCCUCUUACUCUGCCUCCUUCCCCGAAGAUGCUGACCCUGGCUAUCCUAUCCUGACUGUCACUGCUACUGAUGCUGAUACUGGUAAUCAUGGAAACAUCACUUACUCCAUACAUAGUGGUAACAAGACCUUUUUUGAAAUUGAAUACGACACUGGGAUUAUUUCAACAAGGGAUGUGCCUUUUAAUUACGAGGCUCUCCCCAACCAGUACUUGUUGGUGAUAGAGGCUGCUGAUGGUAUAAAUGUAGCAAGGGUUAAUGUAACACUGAGAGAGAGUGAUGUCAAUGAUAAUCCACCAUCAUUUACCGAUACUAGCUACACUGCUUCACUACUGGAAGGGUCUUAUACACAAAUAUACAUCACAACCCUGACAGCUACUGAUGCCGACAGUGGCAGCAAUGCUGAUAUAUCUUACUCUAUAGCUGAUGAUGAUUACUCUCAGUUUAGCAUCGAUGAAGACUCUGGCACUAUCUAUGGAAUGGGUAGCUUUGACUAUGACGAAGAGCCUCGUGUGUAUAACCUAACAAUAACAGCUACUGAUGAUGGAGAUGAGCCUCUGAGUACUAACGUUACAUUGAGUGUCGUUCUUAGUGAUGCUAAUGACAAUGCUCCUGUAUUUCCCAGUGUAUUUGAGCGUGUACUCAUACCGGAGAACACAACAAUAAAUGAAACAGUUUUUAUUGUCACUGCCACAGAUGCUGACUCUGGUGUUAACGCUAGGCUUACUUAUCGAAUAGAAUCAAGCUUCCCUUCGGAUUGUAACGCUAACUCAACAUAUACCCUUGAUCCACUCACUGGUAGAGUAAUGCUUAGCUCACCUAUUGAUGUAGAGUCAAAUAUAUUUAACUUGGAGUGUUCACUUUUCAUUACAGCUACCGAUGGGGGUGAGCCACAGCGCAGUGACUCCAUUAGCUACCUUGUUGUAAUUACUGACAUCAAUGAGCAUGAUCCAGUCAUAACGUCACCAGUCACAGCAACAGUUCCUGAGAAUUCAGACUCCGGUUUCCAAUUUUAUACAAUCACUACCUCUGAUAUUGACCCUAAUACAAUGACAUUUGAAGCGACUGGUGGUGAUACUGAUGUGUUCAGCGUUGAUAAAAACACUGGAGCCAUUUCAGUCAAUUCUAACGAUUCCCUUGACUAUGAGUUGGAGCGUGAAUAUAAUUUAACAGUGAUUGCUAUUGACAAUGGUAAACCAGUCCGUCGUUCAGAACCUCUGACAAUCAGUAUAAGUGUGGAGGACGAGAAUGAUGAAGUCCCUGUAUUUCAGAGGAGCAUUUACAAUGAGUCUGUCCGUGAGAUUCAACCAGUUGGUUAUGUCAUUACUUACGUGAGAGCUAUUGAUAUUGACUCUGAGCCGAAUGCACAGGUCCGCUACUCUCUUAUUGAUAAUGGGCUCAAUGAGACUGACUAUGGCAAGUUUAGCAUUGACUCUAUCACUGCUGCUCUGAGUAUAAAGGAAAAGCUUGAUUUCGAGACAGAAAUGAGGACAUAUUCACUGAUAGCACAGGCGACUGACUCAGUGAACACUGCUACUGUGACAGUUAGAGUUAGAGUGCUAGAGUCUAAUGACAAUAGCCCUCAAUUUACCAAUCUUCCUAAUGUAACCACACUGGCUGAAUCAGCAUCAAACACUACCAUUGUAUUCACUGCUAUUGCCACUGAUGCAGACACCAGUGUUAAUGGUAAGAUCACUUACAGUCUAGCUCCAUCUGAUGACUUUGGAGAUCUUUUCAUCAUCAACAAUGAAACUGGUGUAAUUCGUAUGGCUGGUAACAAUCUUUUAGACUAUGAUAUGGGUGAUAGAGAGUUCACGCUAACAGUUAUUGCUAGUGAUAGGGCUGGCACAGAAGCUAGUGGGGAUAACAUUGCUCACGAUUCCAGUGGCUUUGGUGAUGCACCUAUUGUAAACAUGGGUGACUCUAUGCUCAACACAACAGCUGACCUGGUUAUCACUAUUACUGACGUCAACGAUAUUGCACCAAAGUUCUCACAAGAAAGCUAUUCCUCAUCAAUCACAGAACACACUGUCAACAAUAUAGUGGUACUCCGUGUGAUUGCUACUGAUGGUGACAGGCCUAAUACCAAUAACUCUGCAGUAAGGUAUGGGAUUGUAAGUGGUGACUACGGCCGCUUCAGUAUUGAUUCUGAGUCUGGCUCUAUUGCUACUAUUCCUCCACUUGAUAACGAGAAUCGUUCCAUCUAUCACCUUAGUGUCAUUGCUCAUGAUUUGGGAGACCCACAGCUAACCACUACAGUCACAGUAACUGUCAAUAUUAAAGAUAUUGAUGAUGAAGCUCCUGAUUUCACUCAAGACCUGUUUAGUGGGGUUAUGACUGAAAACGCUGGACCUGGUGUACAAGUAGCUCAAGUGUUUGCCACUGAUCUUGAUGCUAAUGGAACUGGAGUAGUAACAUUCUCUAUGUUUGAUCCAUUGGGUUAUUUCACUAUUGAUAAUCAAACUGGUAUUGUAUAUACAACCAAUGUUCCUGUGGAUCGUGAGACAACUGGUAAUAAUAUAACUAGGAGAGUAGUGGCUGAGGAUGUCCAGGGACUUUUGGACACUGCUGAUGUCCUCAUUAAUGUGGUAGAUGAAAAUGACAAUCCACCAGAUCUCUCUCAAGAAACCUACAUAUUUAACAUAUCAGAAAACACGGCAGUGAAUGACCUGAUAACCGAUAUCACAGCUACUGAUAAGGACUUGGGCAACAAUGCCAUCACUGUUUAUGAUCUUGUCCAGAAGAGUGGGCCUACCAAUCGCUUCUCUAUAAUAUCAAGCACUGGUAACCUUAAGGUUAUUAAUAAGCUUUGCUUUGCUACCGAGUCUCUCCAGACCUACACAUUCACAGUGACUGCUAAAGACAAUCUUAAUGAGAGUCUCAGUGACACUGCUGCUGUUACUGUGCUUGUGUAUGAAGAGAACAGCCACACUCCGUCGUUCCUUCGGCCAUCAUACGUUAGUCGUAUUGAUGAGCUAGCAACUAAUGGUACCACUGUAUUCUCAGAGCCUGUGCUGGCUACUGAUGGGGAUAUUUGCUCUGAAGGUCCUUUCUAUAGCAUUGAUAGUGGGAAUGAGAACAACACGUUUAUCAUUGAUACCAAUACAGGUACCAUUACACUUGCCCGGGAUCUCACUGUUGAUGAUCUCUCAUUCACCCUAAUAUUGAGAGCCACAGAUGGUGGCAAUAACCUCCUCUCCGAUCACACUACUACUGUAAGACUCAUCAUACUAGUAGGACAACUGCUACCAUUGAGUAUAUCUGCUGAAGGAGCUCUGACCAUACCCACCAUUUCAAGAGCAUCUCAAGAAACUUACCAACAAGACAUAUGGCUUUAUGAUGGACUGAGCCUCAAAAACACACCAACCUUACAUUAUAAGCUAGGACAAACCGAGAUGGCAUCACCACUAGUUUUUGAGCGCCCAUCCAUAGAGACCAUUGAUCCAGUGAUCAUCACUAGUACAGUCUAUUCAGAUAGACCACAGUUGAAGGUUGCUUUUCAAUCUGAAGCUCUUAACUACCAGCGUGUAGAGCUAAUGAGGACUAAGAUAUUUGUAAUGAUAGAAGCAUCCGGUCAGGACAACAUCAAUGGUUCGUGCUACUCUGAUCAAUAUGACGGGAGUGUGUGUGUGGCUAGUAUAGAUAUCCCUAGUUCAUGGUUUGGUAAUGUGAAUGAUGCAGUUGUGUAUUACGGUCUCUCACUCUCUGACUCUGAUCUAAAUCAACUAGGUGAAGUCUCACUGACCACUCACACUCCAUGCCCAUCUUCAGUUGCUUCUCCUCGACUCACUGUCUCCAUACCAUCACAAGUAUAUUAUCCUGGAGAGGAGUUUGAAGUGACUCUUAGAGCAAAUGCUGACUAUGAUAUUAAGAAUUUCCUUGUAACUUGUGAGACUGGUAAUGGCCUGGUCUUUGAUGAGUUUGAGCCUCAAGGAAACUUUAUUGUAUCUGUCACUUCAACUGAUGGCUCUAUCUCUGUCAGUGGUAUUAAUACUCUUACUACUGCUAACCAAAGCACUAGUCUUCAGUCAUUGGUUACUCUAAAAUACAGUGUCUCUGAUGACUACUCAGCAUCAGAACAGAGCUAUGUUACUUUUGAUUGUACAGUAGAUCAUUUGGUUAAUAUUCGUAAUAGAGAAGUGUUUACCAAUGCCCCUGCAUCUCAUAUCAGUUUAAUGAAUGAGACUAGUUGUACUGCUAGUAGGGGAGGCGUUCUCGUGGCACCAGUAAUAACAGAGAAACUCUACUCUUAUGCUACAAGUAACGGUGUCCUCAAUUCAGCUCAUCUCAAUGGGCAGAGUGUGAUAGUCAAUGUGUACACUAUUGGUGUUAAUAAUAAUGGACGUGUUGUUAAUGUUACUGACGGCAUUGAGUGUAGUCUUGACUCAUCCACUUCUAUUCGUCUUUUUGAUAAUUGCAGUUUAUAUCUCAAUGGCUCGGAAACACAAGGCACACCCAAGGCUACUCUAUCAAUCAAUGAUACAUUGGGUCAUAAUACAAGCGUGUCUGUCAGGGUUUGGUAUCCUCUUACAGAUACUGUAGACAUUGUAGUAGCUUUUAAUGAGCUGAAGAGAAUAUCAGGAGCACAAACAAGCAGUUGCUCUAAUGUAUAUGAAGAAGUGCCCAUUAAUGUUAACAUGGAAUUUGUGUCAGGGAGUCUAAAAGAGACAGCAACCAUCACUCCACUAGUUAUUGAUCAAGUAACAUCAAGCGAUGCUUCUAUUGUAAGGGUAGACACUGUUGGUGAUAGAGGUCUUAAAGGAGUUGGUGUAUCACCAGGUAAUGCUGACAUCACUAUCACUAUUAAUGGAGUUAGUACCACUAGAUCAGUAACUGUCUCGGACUCACUUGUCACCAUUGAUGACAUGAGCUUUAACCUACAAACAUCACUGCAAUCGUCUCCUCUCUCCUCUGUAUCUACCAGCCUACCAUUCACUGGUACAGCCCAGGUCACUAUUGUUGAUGAUUUUAGUCACAUUGAUACCCAAGUGACCGUUGUCACAGAAGUUGUCCUCUCAAAUGGUAGGAACUAUGAGAUCUCAAGCUCUCCUGGGCUGAAUCUUACAUCUCUGAACACAGGAGUGGUCACUGUUUCGGACUCUCAGAAUGUCAUUGUACGUGGUGGAGGUGAGGGCCUCUUCCUUCAAGGAAACUGGUCGAACCCAUCAUCCUGUAAUUCCCAAUUACUUCAUAGCUCACGCGAACGAGUAGACAUUGAACUCCUUUCCAUCAAUAGGACUGAGCUCAGUAUUAGUUCAACAAGAUUUGCAGUCCCAGGAUACUCAUCCAUCCUGUCAUUACCAUCAACUGCCACAGUGUCUGCUAGACUAGUACACAGUGAUGGGUUUAAGAUUACAGUGACAACUGAUGCUAGAGCUAUUUUCAGUGACUCAGGCUCCUUCCUUUCCUUUACUGGUGGCAGUGCUAGUGUAACCUCUUCAAGCUCAACCAGUGCUAGUACUAAUGUUACCAUACGCUAUAUGUCACAUGAUAUUGAUGUGACAUCAGAUUCAAUCACAGUUGAAGUCCUCAAUAUCACUAGUGUAAAACUAGUUGCCUUGCCUUAUCCAAGCUAUUCUGGUGCAAGCAGUGUAUCAUCAGUUAAACUCAUUAAUAAUACCGAGUCAUAUCAAGUAGUCCAACUUCGUUUGACUGCUACUCUUAAUAAUGGUGAGACUAUGGAUCUAACUAAUGCUGCUAGCUAUGCUGUCACUGGGUCUGCUGCUUCAGUCACUAGUGAAGGAGUACUUACCCCCAGUGAGUCUGGUAAUGUAACAGUCACUGCUUCAAUCCCUGGUUAUACUGAUUCUGUUAAGAUUGCUGCUAUUGAUGAGACUCUUACUGUAUCUAGCAUUGAUGCAUUUGAGGUUAGCUUUGGGUCUACAUUCUCAGAUACCUGGAACUCCAGUUCUUACGUUUCUAAACUAGCUCUCAGUCUUAGCGAUGGAACUUCAAUAUCUAACCUCAUGUUUACAAGCUCUAAUGCUCCAUAUAUUAAUGGUUUGGUAACCUUUAAAUCUUCAGACCCUGACCUGAUAAGCAUAGAUGAAGAGACAGGUGUCAUGAGACUUCUUGGUAAUUCUUACUCUCCUGUCACCCUAACAGUAAAGAUAGAGGAAAUGACUAUUGAGGAAACCAUAACUGUACAGGCUAAUAUCAAGCCAGUCCUGGGAGAGGCUGAUAUUGGUAGCAAUGGUAACUCUGCUCUCUCUUCUCUUACAGCUGGUCAAUCAUUCCUCCUACCUGUAUACGUCAAUGCUAAUUCCUCUAGUGUUGGUGCAGCUCAUUUAAGAGUGAGGUAUGACUCUACAGUACUGGGAUUGAACUCUAGACCUACUGCAGGCAAUGCUAUAACUAAUGCUCUGUUUGAUUCAUCGUAUUAUCAAGAUAAUCCCGGCCUAGUUGAGUUUGCUGCUGUUUUCCGUCAUGACACAGAGGGAACUGAGCGAAUGCAUUUAGCUGAUUUGAACUUCACAGUGUUAGAAAAUGGCAAUGCCUACAUUGCUGUGGAUGUCAUAUCUCUUAACAAGUACUCCACCACAUUCUCUCCUAUUGCAUCAGCUACUGAACCUAAGGCAUCAAAUGCUGGCACUAUCAGUCUUGCCAUUGGAGCAGGGACAGUUAGAAACUCUAGCAUUAUCGCUGACCCAUCCUUCUCUACUGCAUCUCGCUGUGCCUCUCCUCCAUGCAGUGAGAGUCAAUGCUCUGUCACUCCUCUCUCUGGUGAUGCUAAUCUUGACUGUGUGUUUGAUAUUGUUGAUUUGAUAGCUGUCAUAGAGCAAAGCUCUGAUAAGACGAGUCUCUCUGAUAGACAGUUUGAGGCUAUGGAUGCUGACAAGAGCAGUAGAAUAACACCACUGGAUGCUAAUAGACUCCUAGGAGGUAUCCUUGGUAUAUAUCCACUGGUAGCUGAUGUUUUAGUGAGACCAAUAGAUGCCCAAUAUUCUGACUGUAUACUGACAAUCAAUGUUACACUCAAUUGGGCCAAUGGUGAUCCAAUAACUACUGAGAAUACCUACCUUAUAAUGGGCAUGUUCCAUGAAAGUUCUGACUUCUUGGAGGAAUAUAAGAACACUAUCCUUCACUUUGGUCAGACCAUUUCAACUGAGAAGAGCCCAACUGAUAGUCAUGGUGCUUGGAUCGAGCCUAGUUAUCGUGGCAAUGGUGUUUUUGAAGUACAAACUCUCCCAAAUAAUAUCUCUAGAACCAAUAUCGGAUUUGUUUUCAUUUAUGGUGAUAAGAGGACCUCUAUUAAUGGGCGGAGUCUUGUUGUCAUUGGAAACCCGGCAUCUCCAGUGUCUUUUGGAUCGCUAGAGACUGAGGUACCCAUAUCAACCAGUGGGAGUGGUCCUAGUGUAACUGUUAGCCUUCCAGUUGGUUUUAAUCCUCAGACUAAUUUCAAUAACAGCUUUGCAGCUUAUCUCUGCUACAAUAACCACACACCAGUGAUAAAUCCUCGUACUCAGACCGUAUUUGAAGAUUAUGCCAUUGGAAGACUCAUUGACAUAUUUUCAGCAACAGAUGCUGACUCUCCUCUUCCUGCUGGUGACAUUAGAUUCACCAUAUCAUUUGUAGAUCCUAGCCAAGAUGGUCUGCUAGCUAUUGAUCCUGUGAGUGGUAAUGUAACUGUUGCUAAAAAACUUGAUAGAGAGUCAUAUUCUGUUAUCAAUGCAUUGGUAACAGCCACUGAUCAGGGACCACACAUAUACACUAGGAAAAAUGCAACUGCCACGUUUACUGUCAAUGUCCUUGAUGUUAAUGACAAUGCACCUAUACCUGGUCAAGAUACUUAUACUAAAGACGUUAAUGAGGAUACCUCACUUCCAUCAGGCAUACUGUUAACAGUAUCAGCUACUGAUGCAGACAUUGACCCUGAGAAUAAAGAAUUAAGAUACACCAUAACUGAUGGUGAUUACACUCCUCCAUACUUCACUUUGAAUGCAACUUCUGGUGCUUUAUCCCUCAACAGGUCACUGGAUAGGGAACUUAUAUCCAAUUACACACUCACAGUAACCAUAUCUGACUCUGAUAGCAAUCCGCUCUACAAUUAUACUUACAUUGAUAUCACAGUAACUGACGCUAAUGAUAAUUCCCCAGUAUUCACAUCACCUGAUGAGUAUAGCAUAUCAGAGAAUAACAAUAUAGGAGCAAGCAUUAUAACAGUCACUGCUACUGAUGCUGAUAUUGGUACUAAUGCUGCUCUCACUUUUGAAUUGGUCUCUGCUUACCAGGUGAAUCAAAAUAACUUUAGAGAUGCUAGUGCUCCUAAUGUAGCAGGUCAGUAUUUCUCUCUCAACUCCAGUACUGGUGAAUUAACUGCUGCUAGUAGAUUUGAUAGAGAAGGUAUAUACAAAUUCCAAUUGAUUUUCCGAAUUGUCAAUGGCCACUUCGCCCCAACACAAACCACCUACCUCUCAAUAUGUGAAGAGAAUGACAAUUCUCCAACCUUCUUUCCUCCCUACAAUUGGACAGUAUAUGAGAACAGUCCUUCAGGCACACUGGUUGAUACAUUAGAGGCUGUUGAUGAUGAUGAUGGCUCAUUCUGUUCAUCAGAUGCCAUCAAUGAAGAAGACAAUGUCAUUCAUUACUUUAUCCUCUCAGAGAAUUUAACAGAGUUUGAUAUCGAGCAGACUACCGGAAGAGUAACUGUCGAAGGUCCCAUAGACUACGAAGAAAUUAAAAACUUUACAGUUGAGUUUUUCGCUGAAGACCUUGGCGUCCCAUCGCUCAACGGAACCACAUCAGUAUUCAUUCAAGUACUUGAUGUCAAUGACAAUGCUCCAAUGUUUGAGAAAUUAAAUUACUCUGACUCUAUUGUAGAGAAUUCCACCAGUGGAACUGAGCUUGGCGUAAGGAUGCAGGUAUCUGAUGAUGACUCUGGUAUCAAUGCUGAGAUAAGAUAUCGCAUAUCAGAUGGCGAGGGUAAAGAUGAUUUCAGUAUUGAUAAUGUAACAGGUAUUGUAUCAGUCUUUAAGUCACUUGAUCGUGAGCGUCAACAAAGUUACACACUAACAAUCACAGCCUAUGAUCUGGGAUCACCCUCACUUGAAGACAAUACAACAUUGUUCAUUGCUGUACUGGAUAUUGAUGACUCACCACCAAUAUUUGUUGGCGUGAGCUCAAUGUAUUACCAAACUGAGAACACAGAGGUGGGAUCACAAAUCAUAACAAUACGAGCCUUUGAUGCUGAUACCAGUAAUGACAGACCAAUCACAUACACUCCACUGGUCAGUCUCUCUUCAUCUCCUCUCCCAUUCUUUAUCAAUGGGACAACUGGUGCUAUUAUCACUAAUGACUCGCUCUGUACAACAGUUAAUGCCACGUAUGUGUUUAACGUGACUGCUCAGGAUAAACCAGGCGGCACCCUCAACUUUCAAACCACAAUGACCAUCACACUCCUAGUUUAUGAUGAUAACAGUAUUGCACCUUACUUUGACAGGCCAGAGUAUGUCUUCCAGGUGCGAGAUGGGUCUUCCAUUGGUACUAAACUAGGCACAUAUGAAGCCGCUGAUCGUGACAUUUGCUCUUAUCCGCUGUUCUAUGACAUAAUUGACAGUACUGAUGUAUCCAUUGAUAAUGUCACUGCAGAGCUCACUGCUAAUAUUGAUUUGGAUCGUGACACUACACAUCUUCACAAAGCUACCAUACGUGUAUCUGAUAGUGGUACUAAUGACGUUAAGACUGGUACUGCAUUAGUGUAUGUGAUUGUUGGUGGUGGGGUCAUUCCUGUUGGCAUAGAGUCAAACAGAGGCUUCCCUGUCUCUGAUCCUGUCAGAGAUUCAUCAACCUCAUUCUCACGUGACCACAGUUACUUUUAUGAUGCUUACGUUGGCAAUACUAAAACCUUGACUACUAGCUUUGGCCCAAUGAGGGAUACAUUAACCUUUUCUCCAAGUCCUAAUCCAGCAGCAAGUCUCAGUGGUGUACUAGCUACUACUGAGGUCUAUCAUGAUAAGCCAGAGAUACAUGCUGUCCUACAAGCAUUAGAUGCUGAAGGCUCUGAUUCAAUUGCUACAACUACAGUGUAUGUAACAGCCAGUUACAAUGGAAUGAAUGUAACUGGAUCUUCUACCACGGACACUUCAGCAAUUGCUAAAGUAUCAGUUACCAUCCCUUCAUCAUGGUUCUCAGCUAGUAAUGGAGCUAUUAGUGUUAGUUAUUAUCUAGCUGGUGGGGCUCAGACUCAAUUCAGUGACAGUGUUAGUAUUGUACCCAGACCCAAUACCACUGCUGUGUGUAGUGAUGUUAAUGUUGCUUCUGGUAAUACAGAGACUGGUGGUGAUGAUGAUGAUAAUGUAUUGUUUUGGCUUCCUUAUUACACUCUCUAUCAAGGGGAGGCUGGAUCAAUACGUGUAAGUGCCUCCUCGUCUCAGAGACGUGUCAUCUCAUCUCUUGGCGUAAAGUGUUCCAGCAAUGAUGGGUUAAGAUUCACUGGAGCCGAACUAUAUUCAACUGAUGAUUGGGCAACUAGGCAUGAUGUCUCUGGUGAGACUGAGGCCUUUGUUCAAAUUACAAGAUCUAGUAACUCGACUAGCAAUGGCAGCGAGGCCUUGGAUUUGUUUAAAAUUAAUUUCCAAGUCUCUUCAACUGCUUCAUCAGAAAUCUCAGUAACAUGUGAAGUCCUUGACGCCAUUGACACUACAGGCAGUACCACCACAUUCUCAUCUGUCCUCACUCUCUCAAGGGAUACAUGCACUACAGGGCCUGGUACAAUAUACACAACCUCUUCCACUCUACUGGAUGUAUUUGCUCAUGCUCCAAGGACCAGGAUCUACAAUAAAGCAGUCAUCCAGGGCACUCGUUUUGAUAUAUACAUCUCAACAACUGGAGUGUAUUCCGGCCCUGUCCCAACAUCCAGUGCCAUAUACACUGGUAAGACUUGUUCUUCUGAGGAUACUGAUGUACUCAAGACAGGCUCUGCUUGUAUUUCUGUCUAUGUUGAUGGUAGUGAGCCAAAUGGUACUGAAUCAGUGACAGUUACCUUUAAUAUCACUUCUGGAGGUUUGACCAUAUUGAAGGACCUCUCAUUUGAAGUGUGGUAUCCAGACUUACCUCUUACUGUCUCUCUCACUGACAAUACACUCAAUGCUAUUGAGAACUGUAAUUCUAUGUAUCAAACUACACAGAUCCAAGCCAUAGCUACCUAUAGACCCAGUGCAGGAUCAACAAAAAGCACUAUGGUUCAUGUAGAGGAUCUAAUACCAACUAUACUGUCCACUAAUACAGGUGUUGCUACUGUCUCUGGUUUGUAUGUAACUGGUGCUGGAGUGGGUACUGCUGCAAUCAAUCUAAGUAGAUCAGGAAUUGAUUUAGGUCAAGUGUCAGUUAGUGUUACAAAUCAGUUGGUGCAUGCUGUUGAUCUUGAUGUGUACUACUCACGGUCUGUUUCUUCUGUCAUAUCAAGUGAUUUCUUGGUAUCAGAUGUGGCUCAAUUCAACGGAAUCCUUAACAAUAUCUUUGAGGUAGAGAGACAGACAGCAGAACUGGUUACAUUUGCAAUCUUUUCUGAUGGUUAUCAUCAAAAUAUCUCAUCAUCCAGUGGGCUAUCGUAUGAGUCCUCCAACCUCACUGUAUUGAGUGUCAGUGAUAGCAGUAUUACUGUUAAUAACUCUGGAUCCGGUGAUGUCUUGACUGCUAGCUGGGUCUGUGGAACUCAGACAGUUUUCACUGACCCAAACAAUGUCAAUAUUCAACUGAAUGAUGCUCAGCUCAUUCCACAACUCUCUCAUCCAUUCAUUGUCCAUUCAUCAGAUGCUGCUGCUAAUGUUAACGCAGGGUCCCUAGGUUUACCAACUACCUCGGACCUUACUGUCAAAGUGCGUUACACUGUUAAUGGAUCACCAGUUGAAAUUGAUGUGACUUCUGAUUGUGGCUAUGAGUACUUUGACAAUGUGGCUAUUAAUGGUUCAGGAUCUUCUAGAGUAGUGUCUGCAUUUUCUUCUGAUGUAAGUGGGCCAGCUUAUAUUACCAUUACUUAUAACAACUUCCCUGCUGAGGUUAUAUCUGUAUUCAUUGGAAGGACAUCUUCUCUCUCAAUAAUUCCCAAUCUUUAUCCCAACUUUAACAACCUCAACUCUCCUUCAAGGCUCUCACCAGUAGCAGGCACUAGUUCAUAUCAACAACUAGAGUUGUUGACAUACUUUUAUGUUGUGUCAACUGUCAAUGAGACUCGAUAUGUGCCAGCUACAUCAUAUACUUCAUUCUCUUCCAAUAGUCCACUGAUAGCUAAUGUCAGUAGUGAUGGUAUUGUAUCAGUUGUGCUUCCACCAGCUAAUGACUCUGUUGUUAAUAUCACUGCUGCUUCUGACACACUGGAACAGUCACUCAGUAUAACAAUAACAUCAGAAAACUCACCUGUGACUGUCACUGGUCUUAGCUCUUUCUACAUAUACUAUCCAAAUGAAAUGAGCAUUACAGUUGAUUUCUCUGAUGGUAGUCAAUUAAACAAUGCCUACCCAUCGACCGGGCCUGUGUAUACAAACCUAUUGACACUAACUAGCAGUGACACUGAUGUACUCACUGUUUCACAGCUUGGUACGUUCACUUGUCUCAAGAGUUCCAACUAUCCACUCACAAUCACUGCAUCAGCUGGCUCUGUUAGCCAAAACGUCUCUUUAUAUUGCAAUGCUAAUCCUGAAGCUGGAGAGAUAGACCUUGGAGCACCCUCUAACUCCUCAGUACCUCCUCCUGUCUCUCAUCUCACUCCUUUUGAUGUGCCUGUACGUGUUAACAUUGGAAAGAACAACCUUCUUGAUGCUAUAGAGUUAGCCGUAGGCUAUGAUAGCAGCUCACUCUCGUUAUUGAGUGUAAGUCCUGGUAGUGACUGGGAAGGAGACUGGUUUAGUAACUCACUGACUUAUUAUGAUGGAUUUGUUCACUUUGGUGGUGUCCUAUCAACCAGCAUCAGUGGUAUUGCUGAAGUGGCUGUCCUUAGAUUCAGAGCUCAGUCCAAUCAGACAGCUACCUAUUUGAGAGCUCGAUCUGUAACACUACUCAAUGUUAGCGGUGACGUUAUAUCCAGCUCAGAGUCUCAAUCCUCCAAUCUCUCUAUUGUAUUUAAUUACACAUCUCAUCCAACUGUACCCGAUACUAGUCUUGAUCUGAGUCUUCUUGAUCCAGUCCAGUCUGUCUGCACAGAGCAGCUCCCUUGUAACUGCACUUCACCUGAAACUGGUGAUCUCAAUGGUGACUGUGUGUUUGAUGUCAAGGACGUGCAUUACUUCUAUAACCACUUGACUGAGGUUUGUAUGGAGUCUUCCAAUGACUAUAAUCUCGAUGGGUCCUGUGAUGAAAAUGAUGCUGAUUUCUUAUUGAGAGUCAACUUCCAUCAGAUUCAAUUUGUUAAGAACCUGACUGUAGCACCUGUCACCAAUCAGCUCUGCUUUUUGAAUGUACAGGCCGUACUGGAAUCAAGAGGAGAUAGGUCAGCAGUGAAUGAUAGGGACUACCUCCUUGUGGGUAUUUUCAACCGUCAGCCCGAGUUCCAAUCAGAGUUUGAUGACUCCAUGCCUUUCCUUAGUAAUGGGUAUGAAACGACUACUACCAGUAACUCACCGUCCACUACUUAUGGUGGAUUCUUUGGUGCUAGUCUUGACACUGAUACUCUUGUACACAAGCUCCAAUUAGAAACGAUCAUAGAUAGAAUGGAUACUGGUGUCUUGCUCCUACAGGCUCAUCGUGAUGCUUUUAACACCAUGCCGUCCAGUUUGAGUGCUGUAAUGCUAGGAUCUAUCCAAAUACCUGAAGACUUUCCCGAGAGAGUGUCACUAACCGUUGAAGUGGUGGAUGGUAACACACUAUCUAUUGAUCGCUCACUUGGUUUUAGUCCUUUACGCUCAAUCAAUCAAACAUUCACAUCACCUCAGUGUAUCAACGAGAAUAGGCCAGUAUUCCAGCCACGCAAUGCCACUGUGUAUGUAUAUGAAAAUGCAGAGCCUAACUCUGUCAUUGCUGUGGUCUUUGCCAAUGAUAGCGAUGCACUGGAGAAUGCUGUAGUCUCCUAUGGAUUCUACGAGCCCUCACAGCUAAUAAAAGACACAUUCAGUAUCAACGAGACUACUGGAGAAGUGACAAUUAAAGUACAGCUUAACCGAGAGUCAAUAGCCUCCUAUACAAUCGGACUAACAGCUGAAGACAUGGGUAAUGUCAAUACCAACAUUGGGUAUGGCUCACUUGAUGUGUAUGUACUUGAUGUGAAUGAUAAUGAUCCUGUAUUUGACCCAGUGACAAUGCCUCCACCUAUACCAGAGGAUACCCCAGUCAAUACUGAUAUAUUCCAUGUCCAUGCUACUGAUGAGGACGAAGGAGAGAACAGUACCAUAACAUACAGUAUUGUGUAUUCGUCUCCAUAUAAUGUGUUCAGUAUUAAUCCCAGUACUGGCUACGUGAGUAUAACUACAUCUCUUAAUUAUGAGAAUUCUACCAGUUACGAUCUCAUUAUUGAAGCACGGGAUGGUGGCCCCGCCCCCGGUCGUUACGCUCUUGUUAAUGUCACUGUGGACAUAUCUCCAAUUAACGAGCACCCACCAUCAUGUGACCCCAAUGAGAGGCUUGCAAUAGUUGCAGAGGAUGAGUUAGUCGGUACACAGUUUUACACGUUCACUGUAUCCGACAAUGAUAUUGGAUCCAAUCACUCCACACUCUCCUUCUCUAUCUCUCAACAGCCUCAGUUUGGUAUCACUAAACUAUCAGAUACUUCAGCUUACCUUUACACUCUAACUAAUGAUUUCAGUCGUGAAUUGAAUCCAUUUUACCCUGUCACCGUUACAGUCACUGAUGGUGGACAGAUGACAUGUACUAUCAACAUUAGUGUAGUUGUUGGUGAACCAACUCGUACUGAUAUUCGAUUAUUUGGGCCUGGUCACUUGAUCGGGGUACCAACACGAGUAGAUGGAGGUCAUAGUCAAAACGUUUCAUUCCUUAUUGGUGAUACUAACAGCACUACUGUUGUAUAUGCUAGUUUAGGUAGUAUCACUGAAUCUGUGGAAAUAAAUAAAGUGAAGGAGUCACCUACCCAGUUUAACUCAUUCCUAUACAAAAACAUUGUCUAUAAAGAUGAUCCAUCUCUCUCAGCUCUCACCCUUCAGUAUGACAGUUCAUUCAAUUGGUAUAACAUUGACCCUAAGAAUGUGUCAUUAUCCAUUCAACCAGCUGGUAAUGAAGACGUGGCUGCUGUUAGCAGUGAUUUCUCAUGUGUAAUGUCAUCAACAACAUAUAAUCUCUGUCAGUCUAGUAUUACUGUUCCUAGCAAUUGGUUUGAUCUAUAUGAAGAAAUUAAUGUAACAUCAACUGUUGAAGGAUUGGAUUCUAAAUUAAUUGACAUGGUAUCUCUUAGAGGAGAUCCUACCAUAUCACCAUCACCUGACAACCUUUAUCUUAAGCUCCCUUAUGGUCCUGUGUCUCCAGGCACUAAUUUCACAGUAUCUAUUAGUGGCCUGUUCUCAACUACAGCAACAGGAUUUCACUUUGAACUAUAUACACCUCCUGGACUCACUUUGCUGUCUUUCACAACUGAUAACUGGGCCUGUGAAACUGAAGCAAAGCCUGCCAGUAGUGUUUCUAUUCUCUGUAUCAAAACUACUCUGACUCCUGACCCUACUACCCAUUAUGGCACUAAUCUCGUUGGUCAAUUGACAUUCUCCGUUGACUCAUCUGUUACUGCAUCAAUUAGCAUAUUUGGAUCAGUAAAAUCUCUGGCUUCAUUGUAUGGAACACUAUCAUAUGAGAAACCUAUUGGUUUCAUUGAUCGGGAUAAUCUCUCGUAUGACAAUGGAACAGUAUAUAUAGAGCCUCCUUCAUUAGUGUCAAUUUUUUCGUUGACAACAGGAGCAGAAAUGAUCAAUUAUGCACCAUUUGGUAUUAAUGAUUAUCAGCUAAUGGAAGUAUUUGGUCUGUAUAAUAAUAAUACGUUCAGUCGGUUACGUGAUGUUAGCUGUGUAUCUGAAAAUAAUCAAGUUAUGUAUGUUGCUAGUAACUGCUCAUAUAUUGUUUUGACUCCAGCUCAGUAUCAAGGCAGUCAUCAAACUGAUAUUACAGUCACACAUACUGAGACACAGCUAACAUACACUCAACCAGUCCGUGUCUGGUAUCCCGAGUCCAUCAGAAUCAGUAUCAGUGAUACUGAGUUGAAUAGCAUUGAAUAUGAUGGCUGUAGUGGUUCUAGUGAAUAUCAGAGCUCUGAAGUAAGAGUAUAUGCAAGGUUUAGUACAGGAGUAGACACAAGUCCUGAAGUUAGAGUGUAUAGUAAUCCUCUUGUAUUUGGUACACUUUCAAGACUAACAAGUAGUGAUCCAAGUGUGGCUUCAUUCAAUAGUGACUAUACAAGAAUAGUUGGGGUAGGACCUGGUACCACUAAUAUUACUAUAAGUGAUGAUAACAGUAGUUUGUUUGCACCAGUUGUAGUGACUGUUAGUGAUGAGCCAGUAAGACCAUACAGACUAUAUCCAACCAUCUUUACUUCGUUGAGCAUUACAACUGAUUCUGAUACUUAUGAUGCCAAUUCUGUCAUUAGAGCAACAGCCACACACAGUGAUGCUGGCCUCAACCGAUUGCAUGAAACAGCUACUGUUUCUGCUUAUAUGUACUUCACUGACGGAGCCAGGCUAGACCUACCAUCACUAAAUAUCUCCUCUACUGACAGUGCUGUUAAUGUUACUAGAGCUGAUCAAUUCCGUACUGUUAAUAAAGGGAAUGCUGAGGUUACUAUUAGCUGGACACCAUCAUCUUGCAGCUCUGGAACAAUCAGAACUACUGAAUCAAUCAGUGUUAACUCACCUGAUCUAUCAUCCCUUGAAAUACAAGUUGAUGCAUCAAGACUUACAACUAACAGUACUCUUGACAUACAACAAUCGGCAACAUAUACUGUAGUGGCUACUUUCAGUGAUGAUACAACACUUGAUGUCACUGAUAAUAGUAUAGUCACUGCUACUGGCUCCAUCACUAUUGAUACUACUACAAAGACUAUAACAGCAGCAGAUAGCAGUGAGACACUGGGAUCCAUCACUGCUUCAUUUACUGAUGGCUCACUUACUGUCUCUGAUACUGCUAACAUUACUGUAGUUAGGAUUGUAGGCAUUGACGUAUUCAUUCACUAUAAUAAUAUUGACUCACCAGUAUUGAGUAAGAAUGUUACACUGAGACAGAUUGAAGACUCUGGAGUAUGGGAGGAAGCACGUAUUGUUGUUAAUGCUGACCUUUCUGAUGGAACUAGUGAAGAUGAUAUUAGCGGAUGGGGAUUUAAAAUGGCUCCAGACAAUAUUGAUAUUAAUCUUAGUUCUGGUCUUAUUUCUAUAUAUGGUGUUGGUUUUGGUGAUAGGACCAUUACCAUAAUAGCACAUUCUUUCUCUGACUCAGUACUUGUUACUAUCAGUAAUGAACCAGCCUCAAUCCUCUCUAUGUCUCUCAGUCUCUCUAAUGAAGAUGACACAAACAACAGAGCAAUAACAGUAGGAGCUGAAUUAAGUGAUGGACUUAACCUGACCACCGUUAACCUUAGCCCAUUCACAUUCAGUAUAACCCCAGACUCUGUUGCUAUGAGAGUCGGUGAUCAACUCGUCGUUAAAGAGAAUUAUCACACUUCCUGUACACUGACUGCCAGUAGAGGCAAUACCAGUGCCUCAACAUCAUUCAUUGCUAAUGUACAGCCAGUCUCACCUGGAGAACUGGAUAUUGGUACAGAGUUAGGGAUACCACAGCCUCCUGUACAAGUUGGUGCUAACUUUACAACUGAUAUACGACUUAAUCAUGCUGGCCGAUCGUUCACUGCAUAUGAGAUCUUAAUUUCUUAUGAUCCUGAAAUAAUCAGAGUAUUGUCUGUGAGCCCAAGUGUAAGAGCUUUCUCAGCUCAUCGUACAAGAUCACCUGAAGGAGUCAUUAAGGUAGUGAGUUCAUCUAUCAGUACUACUGAUAAUGUACCAGUAAUAGCAUCAAUAGCAUGGGAAGCUAUUGGAGAUGGGGAGACAAACAUUGACAUAACUAACUUCAUUAUACUUGAUGACGCUUUCACUGAUUUUGCUGCUACCAAUGCAUUCAGCCUACCAGUGAAAGUCGAUCCAGCUCCUGUUGGCAAGAGGAGUAUAGUCAAACGUUCUUCUCAUGGCUCUCAUACAUUUGGUGAUAUCAAUGAUGAUCAUACUCUAAGUGUUGAAGAUAUACUUAACAUGACCUAUAGUUUGGUUGGUAAACUACCCAGCGCUCCCAAAGACCUCACUUUUGAUCAGGUAUCCAAUGUAUAUGAUCUCCUGUACUUGAUGAGGGCUACCACAGGAUUGGUGCCAUUCUUGACAGCUUUGCCUGUAGUUAAUCCAGUGUCAAAAGGCGACUGUGUCCUCACUCUCUCUGCCACCAUACACCCGACCUCAUCAUCAUCAGUAUAUGUGUUCUUCCUAGUAUCUGACAGUGCAACUGGUUUUAGUAAUAUGAUGAAUGUGACUGAAGCUACCCUAGGCUAUGAGUCUGGUGUGUCUGCUAGUACUGGACUAUUUGAAGGCACUACUACUGAUAAUACAACAUACAGGGCCUCAUUGCUCACUCCCAUUAGUUACAUUCAAGGUGAUAUUGGUCUCUCAGUAUUCAUACUAACUGCUGAUGAGUUGUCUGGUACUUCUCCACUUCGUACUGCCUUGUUUACCGGCUCCCCAUCAGUAGUAGUCUCCUCUCAAGGUCUAACACAGUUCAAUUUAUCAUCAAGUGAAGGUGCUACUCUUCAUAAUGUUGAUCUGGGUCAAGCUAAUGUCCUUCAUUCAUUACAAGAUUUCACAAAUAACCUAAGGUCUGAUUACUGUCAAUUUGAUGGCUCCAUCAUAACAGUACCUGAUCCCCUUCCAGAGAACUACACUCUCAAUCAAACAUUCUUCUUCAUCACAGCUGUCAAAUCCACUUUCCCUACUGACGGUGAUCUAAGCUAUACCUUAGAAACAACAGAUACUCCUUUCGUAAUAAGCAACUCUAUAUUAGGCAGCCUUCAGAUCAUUGAGCCAUUAGAUUAUGAUUCUGGCAGCACUUCAUAUAACCUCACUGUAAUUGGAAGUUUCCCUCAAGAUACCCCAUCACUAACUGCCACUGUCCUCAUAUCAAUAUCAGAUGUCAAUGACUAUGCUCCUAUGUUUACAGAGUCUAACUACAUUGCAUCUGUGUCUGAAGCUAGUCCUGUUGGCAGUUCUGUUGCUACUGUAUCUGCUUCUGAUGAUGACUCCUCAUCCCCUAACAAUCAAUUCAAUUAUUCUAUAAAUCCUUCGUCUAACUUUAACUCGUCGUUCAAGAUUGAUCCUGUCCAUGGUGUCAUUACAUUAGAUAAAUCACUGGACAGAGAGCAGGUACCAACACACGAGCUAAUAGUCCUGGCUAUAGAUAAUGGAGCAGAUCCUUUAACUGGUACUACUGUAGUGACUGUUAUGGUUGAAGAUAUUAAUGAUAAUAGCCCAGUCUUCCACAAUGCCCCUUACACAUUCUAUAUAGCUGAAGAUGUCUAUAAUGACACUGAUACCUUUGUUCUGAUAACUACAGCUUUCAUUAAUGUCACUGAUAGAGAUUUUGGAGAGAAUGGAACAGUUUCAUUAGAGCUUUAUCCUUCUGAUGUUUUUGAUGUCACAGAGGAUGGCUACAUUAUGGUUAACGAACAUCUUGAUAGAGAAAGUGUCCCUAAAUACAAUCUUAUCAUCAAUGCUACUGACAAUGGUACAACACCAAGAAGUACCACUGCCUCCAUUACUAUCAUAAUCACUGAUGUGAAUGAUAAUCAUCCUGUCUUUGUACCAUCUCAGAGACAGUUUAUACUAGAGGAUGAUCUAUCAAUAGGGACUAACAUUACCAUCAUCAAUGCUACUGAUGCUGAUAUUGGCUCGAACUCAGAGAUUGAGUAUACAGUAAUGGAGAAUGGAGAGCCCUCAUUUUACUUUGAUAUCAAUACAGUGACAGGACAACUGACUGUUAGUCAGAAGCUAGUAGUUGAGAAUGGUACACCACGCACUGUCAAAGUGAUUGCUACAGAUAAAGGAGAUCCUUCAUUAUCAAACACUACUGAUGUAGUAAUAACUGUCAUUGAAGGACAAGUGAUAGCUUUUGGUGCUUCUGGUAAAGGAUUUGUGCUACAGGAACUAGUAAGAGAAUCACCUUCUUCAUAUAAGCAAGAAGUGGGCUACUUAUUUGGUGAGGAACAGGGCACCAGUGUUAGAGUUAGUGGACGCAUUGGAACAGCUUUCUCUCGUGAUUUUGAAAAUGCUGAUCUCAUAAACAGUGGAGCUGAGGCUGUAGUUUUUGAGGGAGACCUGGUCCAUUCUACAGUAGCACACACAGCAAGAUAUGUGACUGUUAUAGCAAGAGCUUACGAUCAUAGAAACAUAACUGCAGGUCCAACAUUGCUAAGAGUACAAGUGGUUCCAUUUAGUUCUCUAGCUACUCUCUCUAACACUAAUCCCACUGGAUUCUGUACUACAACAGAUCUAGGAUACUGUGUAGCUAGAGUACAGUUACCUGACGAAUGGUUCCAGAGGCCUGCUACCAGUAAUAAUCAUAGAAUCAGUGUGUAUGUCAAUGCAGCAUCAGCUACUGAUAAUGGAGCCUUCAUUGGUUCAUUGCCUGUUGAAGCAUCACCAGUAUAUGAGCCUUCAUUCAUGAGUUCUACUAGUACUAGACUGGUUCCACCAUCCCACACUGUAUAUACUACUAACACAUUUGUAGUGUCUGUAUACGUCAAGUCUCCAUCAUAUGAUACUAACUAUUAUACCAGAGUAUCAGCUGAUGUUCUUACUAGUAGUGGAGCUAUUGGAAUUGAUGGAUACCUACCUGCACCUUACUUCUCUUGCAGUAUUAGUCAAGGAUUAGCUCAUUUGGAUUGUGAUGUAUCGAGCACACUACCUUCAAAUGAAGUUAAUGUUAAGCUAAUUGACAUCAUUGUUCAAGCACCAUCCAGUAGUAGUAAUAACUUCAUGGUAUUUGUCAACAACAUUCAAAGAAGUAUUUCUGGAACCCCUGUUGGCAGCUCAACAACUGAUUCAGUUGCUAUUCAAGUGGUACCAAGAAGAUUGUAUUACGUAUUAGUCAGCUCCCUUCAAUCUGAUAUUAUUAAUAUGGCUACACUUGAUGGAUCUACCUCUACCACUAGACCAUACUACACAGUAUUCCAUAAUGAUCUAUACACUACCCCAUUGGCACCUAACACUGUUCCUGGUCAAGAAUUAUUAAAUCCAAUGGCUGAUGUUGUUUGUAAUUUAGCUGGUGUGUCCUUGGAUUGUACUAGUAUAUCUACUAGUGAUACUGGUGGAUCUGGUUCAUUCAAAGUACAAAUUAGUCCAAACCCAGCUGUACCUCCUUCAGCUCGUCUCCAAGUACUGACUAGUACUGUGUCACUUUAUGUAUGGGAACCAGUUAAUGUUUAUAUUGAGGUUAGUGAUGAUGAGUUGACACCAGUUGAAGGAUGGCAGCAUGGCAGUAACUGUACUUUAUCACCAGAAUCAUAUCAGACCAGUCGUAUUAGUGUAUACUCCACAUUCAGUGAUGGAACAAAUACAUUUACUGCUGAUAUUACCGACAGAAUACUACCCAAGAUUCAAUUUAACGAUAAUACUUCUAUUAUCAAUUUCAACACUACACUGGGUAUCAUUCAACCCACCGCUCCAGGACUAGUCAAUGUAUCCCUGCCUCACUACGGCUCCUCCAGUCUCUGGGACUCUAAGAUAAUCCACACUACUCAAACCACGCCUCUUAGAUACCUUCGUCUUGACCCAAUCGUUGCAUCAGUUCGUCUGCUAACAUCUUACAGCUACGACUCAAGAUUGUCACCUAGUUUUGUAACCCUACAGGUAUUACCCGGAUUAUUCUAUCUACAAGAGGAGACAGAGGUCACUGUCUCUGUUGUACUCUCUGACGGGCGUCGUCUCUUAUUGACUGACCCCAAUGAGAUACUAAUAGAGUCAUCAAACUCAUCUGUUGUCAGUGUGUCUGGUAACAAGAUAGUCGGAGUUAGUGAGGGAGUAGUUGAUCUCAAUGUAACUUGGGUUGGUUGCUCUGGCCCUCUAAUGACUGAAUUUAUAACUGUCAGUGUUGAGUUUGACCAGUUUAGACCUUUCUUCUCACCUGAUUCUGGGAACGUGUCCGUAUCUGAAAAUACUCCAAUCGGCUCCACCAUUGCUAUAUUGGAGGCCAUCGAUGAAGAUGUCAUUAAUAUACACAAUGAUGACAUACAGUAUAGCAUAAGGAAUGAUCCUUACGAUGGUCUGUUUACGGUUGAUGUGACAUUAGGAUCAGUGAAACUAACUCGUCCAUUAGACAGAGAGACUAAUGAUACGUAUGUCAUUGAAGUUGAAGCUACUGAUGCUGUACAGCGUCGUCAAAGAGAAUGCUUACAACAACCACCAACACAACCUACAGCUACCAGUCCUCCAAGUACUACAACUCCACCACCUUCUCUUGUUAGUGGUAGUGGUAGUGGUGAUGAGUUAGGUAGUGGUGAUGAUCCUACUACUCCUCCUUCUCCUACUACUACUCCCGGUCCUGUUGUUAAUACCACAUGCCCUCCUGUGUCACCUGUCAGUGUCUUUACUUUGACUAUUUAUGUCACUGAUAUCAAUGACAAUCCUCCAGUUUGUCCAUCAUCACUGGCUGCACUCCAGGUCCUCAAUGACACUCAGCCAAACACACUAUUGACCACAUAUCAAGCCUCUGAUGCUGACAUUGGCAAUAAUGCACUCAUCACUUAUGAGCUGGGCAAUCAUGAGGACAGCUUCAGCAUUAAUCCAGCCACUGGUAGUAUUACUAAUGACAGACUUCUGUCCUCUCGUAAUUACUCUCUGUCCAUCAUUGCUCGAGAUGGAGGCAACCUAACUGCUUUCUGCUCUCUCUUUAUUGAAGUGUAUCGUUUCUAUGACACUGUGUCUGUAACGUUUUCUGGAUCUAUUGAUGAUUUUAAUGCCAAUUUAUUCGCUCAGUUAAUCAGUGAUUUACUGGGAGUCACAGUUGAAGUAGCUGCUAUUAGACCCAGUGGUGAUAAUAAUUUUGUGGUUGACUUGUAUGCUACUGAGAAUGGACGGGUACUCGAUCCUGAUACGCUAGUUGACCUUUUCUCUCAACUUGAUUCCCAGCAGAGAGAUCUGUUGCUACAAGCUGGAUUUAACAUUGACUAUGAGACUAUUAUAAGUAACAAGCCUCCGCCAGCAACUCCAACAGUUAUAAUUGACAGGCAGAUACCGGCUUGGGCUGUGGCUGUUAUCAUUGUUCUCAAUUCUGUCAUCAUCAUAUCUCUACUGCUACUUAUUGUUGGACUGCUUUGGAAACGACUCAAAAAAAUGCGUGAGGAAAAUAGACGCAGCAAACAUAAAGAAUCUGCUCUUCUUCCUAACCCUAAUAUAUUGAAUGAGUCUGGACAUCAUGAGAGAAUGCAUGGUGGGGUUAUUGACCCUGAGACUGGACGUGCCAUGCAGUACGAAAGGACAGUUGAAAUUGAGCUACAGGAGACACAGAGAGGAGGAAAGAAAAGAGUUAAGAAAACCAUUGAGAAAACGAGUUGGCUUGGAUUACCUAAACCAGGAUUACAGAAACCGUUGUUCCAAGAUGAUUCAUCAGAUGAUGAUCAAGACCUGCCUCCAAUAAAGGAGAGUAAUCCAUUGUACUCUACUGAUCCGUAUGAGACUGAUUUCAGUAAUCCGGUCUAUCACAAAGAAGCUACUGAUCUUGGAGGAGGAGGAGGAGGAGGAGGAGGUAGAGCCAUUGGGACUUCAGUGCUGGGAACGGAGUCCGUUGAGAUGGACGAGUUGGUACCUCUUUCACCUGAUGAUGUUGCCAAGAUCAGUGAAGCUGAAGUGCCUAUUGGACAAUCUGAUACUUUAUAUUAAACUUUUUAUCUCAUUUAUUUAUCUGUUUAAUAGGAUAGGCCUUUUUAUGCAUACAUACUUUUGCUGAUAUACAUAGUUCUGCAUUGUUUUGAAGAAAAUUAUAGCCUUUUAUAAACUUUAAA